AUGGUGGUAAUGAAAAUUAUGAACAUGUUAAUAGUGAUAACAGUUCUGAUGAUGAUGUCAAUAGCUCUAAUAAUAGUUCCGAUAUUGAGGAGGAUCGAAAAGUAUAUUCCUACAAUAAUCGCAACGAUGUAGAUGUAAUAUAA